GAAAUUUACCUCGGAUUACUCAUACCUUCUCAACACCCAAAGCACGGUUUAUAUUACCUAUAUCCUUUGAAGAGCCAUGCCUCCAAGCUGCGACGAUUGCACCUUCAACCAGUAUGUACUGUACUGGCUAGUAUAUUAUAGCUGGCACUGGAUCCUCAUCUGGAUCUACGCUUCCUGGUGGGACGAGUCGACAAUCAAUCAUCGUUCAAGACUAGAGCCUCCACCAAGCGCAAUCUCGUGGCUCGAAAAGAAAGGAUAUCUGCAUACAAAGAAAGAUGCACGCCGUCUUUUCUUUAUUCAUCUUAUUCUCUUGGUUUUGGAGCCUGUAGAAGGAUACUGGAUCUUGACGGAAUUCUAUCGGAUAUUGUUACUGGCAUGGAGGACGGUGCCAGAUCCCCAUGAUAUCCAGGGAAAUUUCGGUCGAUAUAUAUGUUUGGUCGUUUUCCCUGUAGGAUUAGUCGUGUCCUCCCUGGUAGGAGUGAUCUUGAUGGUAUCUACUGUGGAACAUCUACGGGAAUUGUGGUCCUGGGCACCGGUCGAUGACCAAAGAACGGAUGAGGAAAAUGGAAAAAGACAUUAAGAGUGGCGGAGAUAGGGUUUGGGAUUUAGCAGCAGGCAUCUUUGUUUGCCUUGGCUAUUUUGCUUUAUCCACUGGGCUUUCAUCAGCAACGAAAGGAUUCCACUAUAUUAACAGCUAGACUUCUUCUUCCUCAGUCGAUACAGUCGUUUGCAUUGAACCCUUUUUUUAUUUUUCUAUUUUUAUUUUACUUUUUUACAGUAUGAAACAUCACUCUCUUAUCACUAUACUUUACUUCUGUCGGGUUUCUAUGUAUUAGAUCGCCCCCCUGACCACCUUAACUUUAUGUCAUCAUUGCCGUAUACAGCAAAUCGUUUGGAAAAUAAAGUCGGUUGAUCUAUUUCUUUA